AUGAAAGCUCUUCUUCAAUGCUGUCUCUGCAGAUGUUGCAAGAAAAAGAAGCCAGCAAAGGCAGUAAUCACCACCCCUCCAGUCCAGCCGGUGAAUCGGGACGUCGAGAAAGGCGAAAAGCCUAAAAGUAAUCCAACAGCCGUUGCCGAGAAGCCAAAAAUUAGCGGUGGGGCGGCGGUGGCUGCCGCUCAUGUGCCCAAUAAACCAGUUAUCAGUAGUAGCGGUGGCGGUGGCAGCAGAAGUAGUUACUCUAGCGGUGGUGGUGGAUAUGGUGGCUUGGGUGGAUAUGGAGGUGGAGGCGGGUUUUCCGGAGGCGGUGGAUUUGGGGGUGGCUGUGGUGGCGGCGGCGGCGGCGGCGGUGGUGGAGAUGGAGGUGGAGGAGGAUGCUAA